UGUUACUAAGAAUAAUAAGCCAACUAUUCCAUUAUCACCGCCUAGUUGUCUCUUCAACUUCCUUAGAUUCACUUCAAUCUUCUUUGUCUUCAUCUAUCCAUAAGCCUCAAAAACUAGACAGGAAUCUUUUAUAUCAAGACAGAACAGAUAGAUCUGCAGUGCUGUUCAUUUGACUAACACAGUCAUCAAACACACACACUAAAAUAAUAAUAUUAUCAUAAAGUGUGAACAAAAGUUUCCACUAUAGGCAUGCAGAUUCUUCAAUGGUUAUUUAAAAAGGAACAAGAACAAGAAAGAAAGAAAAGCACCUUCCAUGAAAAAUAUGAUAAAGUGAAAGGGAGUAAUGUACUAAAGCAUGGUGGAUCAUAUAAAAGGACAAAGAGAUUCUUAUGUAGCAAACAUGGUUACAAGAACUUGAAGAUAUUCUCUUUUCUAAAUAGAAAAGACAUUCCAAAGGCUUGGUUUUUCAGAACUCUCAACAUAAGGAGAAUACGUUUUGAUAUAAGACAUUUUGUUUACUCGAUGAAAACGAAGAAAGACGAAUCGUCUCGAGAGGAAGCGAUCGUUAACAAGACAGACUCGACGGUUCAUGCAGCGAACAAAGUUUUGCCUAUAACUCAUGAGACACCAUUGUCAUCUUCAUCUGAAAGAAAUGAGCAAGGUGAUAUCAAUAUAACCAAAAAGAAGCCGAUUUCUAGGAUGAAAGAGUUACUUAGAUGGGCUGCUUCUGCUAGAACAGAUAAAGGAGGAAAAUUCUAUGGAAGAAAGGUUUUGAUAAUGCUGCGACGGCGCGGAAACAUGAAAGCUGUUCAAGAUGAUGAUGAAGUUAUGAGUGAUUCACCAAAGAUCAGUUUCAGAUGGGAUGUAGAAAGCUCCUCCACUACUUCUUCUGCUUACUCAGCUUUCUCGAUGGCUUCUUCAACAAGAAAUGGACAGAACAAAAUUGCAACUUCAGCUAUAUCACUCCCUCCUUCAGAAAGUGGCUACACCCCUAGUAGAAAAGGAAGCUGGAUCACAACAGAUUCUGAAUUUGUGGUGCUGGAACUAUGAAAUAAAUGUGUCUACAGAAGAUUAUCCCAUGUGUGGUUAAGGGGUAGCAGGCAAUCUAUGUCACAAGUUAAUGCUCUAUUUGAUUAUUUGCAACAAAUUUAUGUAAGUUAACUAAGGGUUGAGAUAUGAUGUAUGUAGUUAAUGAUAUGAAUGUACUAGAUGAGAAUGUUGGCAUCUAUAUUGUUAGGGGUAUAAAUUAAUAUUUCAUGACUAAGCUAAUUAAUUAAAUGUAAGAGAUGAGUUUACAUGUCACUAUAGGACCACUUCCUUUACUCUCAACUUUGAAAUGAAAAUGUUAAGUCAUUUAUUUCUUUUAAGGGUUAUAAAACAUCUCUAUUGCCAAA